AUGUCCGGAGGCAUGGACGAUUACCUAGUCGGAAUCGAUAAGCUUGCAGCCCCGGAGCUCCGCGAAAAGCUUCUACGCGUCUGCAACGAGCUCAAAGACACCAAGGAGCAGUGCAAAGCGCUCCGUGAUUUGUACACUGAGACGGACUCUAGCUGCAGGAUUUUUAAGCAGAAGAUAUCAGAGCAGGGAAUUGACCCCGAUGAGCUUUGUCCAGCAUCGCCUACCUUGCGCAACGCAGCACAGAGGAAAGGCGUGGGCAAGGGUAACCGUUGUCCGUACUGCGACCGGUCCAUGGACACAGAGUUGGUUGCGGCCGAAACACUAACUGCAACGGUAAGAGAAAAGGACGCCGAGAUCGCGCAUCUUAAAGAGAGCAUCGAGAAUUUGCGUCUUCUCCACGAGGAAAACAUGCGAGAUCUGGUUGCACGUGCACAGAUUCAGGGCGCAAAGCUCCUUGAAGCAGACAGCCUGCUUUCGCAGAGCAAUCGUGUUCACUCUGACGCCGACAUCAGUACCCUGAGCCCGGAGGAGAUGCGCGAGAAGCUGAAAAGCAUCCAGACAGUUAACGACAACCUUAUUAAAUCUGUAGCCUCUCGUCAUGACUCUGUUACAAACCUCAUCAGCGCUAAGGAGAGUGCGAUGGCUGGACUUGACGGGCUUCGCUUGACAGCCACGAGCCUUAGUGGGGAGGUGAACAAGCUCCAGGAUGCGGGGCAGGCCGCAGACGAUGAGGUAAUCGAACUUAAAAAGUCUCUAAAUGACAAGACUUCCGCGCUGAGUCGCAUGAUAAAGAUUCUUGCCGUGAAGGAGCGCACAAUUAAUAAGCUUCGCGAUAGUCUAGGAAGCGGGAAGCUCUCGGGCGAUGAAAAAUAUCAGCCUGAAAUCGAUGCGCUCAAUGCAGAGAUCAAGAAGUUGCGUGAGCAGGUGCAGACAUGCACGGAGGUCGAGCGACCAGCGUUGCGGCGCAAAAUUGCUGACCUUGCCAACACAAUUGAUGAGCUCCAGCGACAGUUGGAAAAGGAGGGCGGCGACAAUGCUGUCUUUAAGAGAUCGGCCGCAGGGCCCAUAGAUACAAGCGAGGAGCUCCGUGAGGCCAAGGAGCGAAUCAAGUUGAUUGAGCGACUUAUUGCAGAGUCACCUGCUAGCGAGAAUAACGAAGACUUUGAACGGGCACGCAAGGAACUUCUCGGUCGGAUAGCUGAGCUGACCAAGAGUGAAUCGGACUAUCAGGAAAGGCUCCGGGACAUGCAGCGCCAACUCUCAGACAAGGCUGAGAAGGUCAGGCAGCUGUCGGAGGAGCUGGACAGGAGGCCGACCGGCGAGGAUGAGAAGGCCCGGCUCCGCUAUCUGGAGCACCUUGUAGCGUCCCAGGAGCGGGCAGCUGGUGCAGCCGUUGAUGAUGCCAGCCGAGAGAGAAUCAAGCAACUUCAGGAGCAGGUCAAUGAAAAGACAAGAGAGAUUGACGACCUCGUUAACAAAAAUAACUGGGAGCUGAAAGAAAAAGAGGACAGAAUUCGCGAGAACAUGAGCCAGAUUAUGUUUCUCAAUGAGGAGCUUGACCGGGCUAAGUCAGCUGCUGUGGAUGCCAACGCGCGCAUCCGCUACUUUGAGAAUUUUUAUGCCACGCUUUCGAAUGAGACGACUGCUGCCGCCGGUGCUAACCUCGAGGAGAGGAUCCGUACACUCAACGCAGACAAUACGCAGAAGGAGGAAGAUCUCAACGCUCUCACCUCGAAGCUCAAAGCUAGCGACGGUAAGCUACGCGAUCUAGAGCAGAAACUUUUGCAGGAACAGCAAGGCAAGGAGCAGCUUCGCGAGCAACUAAGCAACCUUCAGGACGAGUACGAAGAUCUUAGCAAGCAGCUGAGAAUGAAGGAGGCUGAGAUAGAGGACAAGAUCAUGCAGAUAAACACGCUCUCCCCUCAACUGGAUGAAGCCCGCUAUCGCAUCAAGCGACUCGAGAAGGAGUAUACUGACUUGAAGAGCACACAUAUCCACAAUUCUGAGCUCGAUCCUUACCGCCAGCAAUUGACAGAGAAGGACAUUAAGAUUGACGAGCUCAAUCGUGAGCUUCAGACUCUUCAGGAGCUCCAGGCUACCGGGGAGCAGGCCCACAGCGACCUCAUGCGUGACUUCAAGGAGCUCACGGACACGGCUGAGAAGCGCGAUAAAGAGCUUCUCGAAAAGGACCUUACCAUCGACAGGCUUCUGGAUGCCAUUCGUGUCCAGGAAGACUCAUUUACUAAGCUUCGCACGUCCAUCAUCUGCAUGGAAGAUGAGCAUCGGAUCUCAGAAAUGGCCUCGCAGCAGCAGAAGGAGUGCCUAGAAGAGCUCACAAAGGCUCGGGAGGAGCUAGAAGCCCAGGUUCAGGCGCUUAUGAAGGGAGUCGACCAAGCCCGAACGGGAGAGUCCGAGGCCCGUAAGUAUGUGGAGGAGGUAAUGCAGAAUAGCAGGAAUCUGUGCGACAAGCUCAACAGAGAGAUUGAGGAUCUUACGGAACAGUUGAAUGCACGACCAAACGUCGACCCGGCGGUCUUUACUAUGCUUAAAGAGGCGCAGCAGCGGAUCAAGACUCUUGAGGCAAGGCCUUUGAUCCCAGAGGAAGUUGAGCGUGAGCUGAUGGCACUCCGUGAGCAGCUUACUGCCUCAGAAAAGGAUCUCAUUGACGCACGUGAGUUAGAGAGAAGGCUCAAGGAGCUCGAGCAGCUCUUGGAGGAGCGAGACCGGGAGAUCGAAGAGCUUAAGCGGGAGAUUAUGGAGAAGAACGCUCGCAUUCAGGAGCUGGAAUACAAGAUUUCUAAUGCGCAGAGCACCAUUGAUAAUCUUACUACGCUGACAAACGAGGCGGCCCAGAAGAUCAGGGUCAUGGAGAACGAACUGUGUGCCCAAUUUGUCGGUGGCGCGUCGUACGUGGAUAUCAGUAACCUUGAGCGUGCGAUUGAUGAACUUCGUCAGUAUCACGGCGAAGCUCUUGACAAGCUCCUGAAGACUAAGGCUGAUGCUGCCGGUGACCAGGAAGAGCUCAGCAAGCUUCGCUCGAUGUCUGAUGCCGAUGAAAUUGCACGCUUGCGCGAGCGCCUGGAUCUCAAGGAGAAGGAGGUUGCGACUAUCAGACCUCUCCUUGAAGAAGCUCAGGCCAGGAUGAGGAUCUUCGAGUCUAGCUAUGCAGAGAAGGAGAACGAGCUGCUCAGAAAGCAAGAGGAGUUAAAUAACAUUAGGUCGGACCUUGCCAGCGCAAAGGACGAGCUACACAGGCUUCGAAAUAACCAGCACGAUAACGUCGACACCGCACAUGAGUACAACCUACAGGUCUUGCGAGAUACUGUCGAUUCCCUCACAGACAAAUUAGUAGAAAAGGAAAAAGAAGUGGAAACGCUCAAGGGUCAAUUAGCAGAUGCUGACGACCUGCAAUCUCAAUUGAAGAGCAGAGAGGAGAAGAUUCGUCAACUAGAGGAGGAUCUGCGCACAAGGUCUCCUAGCGUAGUCUCCGAUGCGGCUCGCGAUAGCACUGCUCUGGGGACGCAACUCGAGCUCCUGGAGCAGAACAGAAAACUCAAGGAGGAAAUCGACAAUCUUAUGAGUAGGGUGCGCGAUGCAGAAAGCGUGAGCAACGCUCUUAGGGCAGCUGGAAAUGCAGGAAAGAAUGUCUCGGAGGAGCUGGAGCGCAAGGAUGCAGAAUUGCAGCAACUUCGGGCAAGCCUAGCAGAAGCACAAAGGCGUCUGGCGUCGGUGGAGGCCGCAUAUGCUAGAUAUCACAGCAUGAACGAUAAGGAUGCAGAGAUAAAGACCCUCACGGAGACGCUAGCCCAGCAAUCCCAGGCAAUGGCGGCCCUGAGAGAGGCCAACAUGGCAAAGGACCGCGAGAUCGAUGAGCUGAAUGACGCGCUUAUCUAUCAGGAAAGAACCGUUUCAUCUCUCUGCAUGAGCCUUUCACCGAAGUUGGCUGCCAAAUCGCCAAUGCGGUCGGUUGUAGGCCCGAUGUCUCCGCCCAUGCAGCCUGUCAUGUCCACCGAUGCCGCAAACGAAAUUGCCAACCUUCGCGCUGCCUUGGAGCGAGCAAAUGACACCAUUAGCAGCCUAGAGAAGGCCAACACUUCCACAAGCAAGCAGGUCAAGGACCUUCAGAGCACGAUGGAGAGCAAAGAGAAGGAGUGCGAGAAGCUGUUGGCAACAAUCAAGAGCAUGUCUCGUGACGAAACGAUUAAUGCGCCUGGCGAGGGCGUUUCUGGCGAUGGAGCUGGCGCAGAUCCGGCCGAGCUGGCAGCACUGAAGAAGGAUUUCGAAGUAGCCAAGAAAGAACUGGAAAGGCUCAAGCUAUUGCAUCACUACAGGUCACGAGCCGACGAAGGAGCGCUGGAGGACGUUUUGGACAAAGAUAUGCAGAUCCAGGAGCUACUGGCAAUAAUCUCCCAGCUCAACAAAUCUAAUGAAGCUCUUGAGCGAGCCAACACUGCCAAAGACAAGGAGCUAAUGUCUCUUAAGGAUGCACGCUUCUACAACGAGAACGAGAUGACUGGCAUGCGCGAGCAAAGCAUGUCCCAGACGGGAGAGGUCAGGUCGAUGGAGGCGAGCCUGAAAGAUAGUGAGCAAACCAUUAUGGGCCUGUGCGCAGCGCUAUCCCCAGAGCAAACUGCAAAGGCGUAUCUGCGGGACUUGGAUGAGGUGGAUCCCUCCCUCUACGCCAUUCUCAAAGCUGAGUGUAUGCGCCUUAAGCAGUGCCUUGACUUCAAUAGCCUGCCACCUGAUGCCAAGGAAGUUGAGUUCAAGGCCAUGCUCGAGCAGAUGGACCGCCUCCAAGCGGAGCUGCUCCGCAAGGAUGAUGCGCUUAAGAAUGGCCAGGGCGACGGGCGCGAUGCCGCAUACGUUAAGUCCCUGGAGGACCGGCUGAGAGAGUACGAGGAGGCAGGCGGGAACAUCCCGAGCACAAUUCGUGAAAAGCUCACGAGCGUCAAACAGCAGAUGACAGAAUGGUUCCGCGAUCGCCCAGACAAGAGCAUGGCCCCGUCUCUUCUAGAAAUCUUUGAUUGA